CGCCGCGUCCCAGCCUGGAGUCCUUCCUGUCGUCGGCAGGAAUAAGCCCCGGUCCCAUGACUCUGGUGUCGUCGUUCUUUGCGGACGACUACUCCCCUUCACCUUCUUCCUUCUCUCAGCUCCUGGCGGUUACGCCGUCUCCUCUCUUCACCGUGCCACCUGGCUUCAGCCCUUCCGCCUUCCUCUUCUCCCCUACGAACCCUCAGGAUAAUGCAUAAUAUUGCAGCAAUGCUGGUCAUUCUGCUGGGAAAAUUUCUCAUUGUUAUGUAUCAAUGUGAUCUAUUUUCCCUGAGGGACAGUGGAUAUAACAACCGUGACAUUCUUAUUAUAUCUUCAUUUCAAUAUAUACAUAUACAGAGCCCCUUUGGGAUGUCACAUCAGCAGGCUUUAGCACAGGUUACCACUGAAGCUGUGAUAGCACAAUCACAAGGGCAAAUGCAGAUUGAUGAAGAUGAUGUUUCAGAGAAGAAUGUAGAAGUAUCUAUGUUUGAAACUUCUCAGAUGUCCAAUAAUGCUGACAAGAAGUAUCAGCAGCCUUCGUCCGUGGUGGUCAACAAGCCUGCGGACGAUGGCUAUAACUGGCGAAAAUAUGGACAGAAACAGGUUAAGGGGAGUGAGUUUCCGCGGAGCUACUACAAGUGUACACAUCUGAGUUGCAAUGUGAAGAAAAAGGUUGAGCGUGCCAUUGAUGGUCACAUAACAGAAAUCAUCUAUAAAGGGCAGCAUAACCAUGAAAAGCCUCAUUCCAAUAAGCGUAAUAAAGAUAACAGUGAUUCAAAUGAAAGUGUAAGCAUUCAGCCUAAGUCUGAGUUGAGUUGGGUUGGAAAUUCAGAUAGUUUUGGCAAAAGCUUUUCUGAUUGUUCGAUCAGCGAAGAUUUGGGUGGUGUAGAUAUGCGGGAAGAGGAGGGAGAUGAUGUUGAACCAAACCCCAAGAGAAGGAACAUUGAUGUUGGGGUUUAUGAAGGACAUCAAACGACUGUGACAGAACCCAAAAUCAUUGUCCAAACAAGAAGCGAAGUUGAUCUUUUGGAUGAUGGCUACAAGUGGCGCAAGUAUGGGCAGAAAGUGGUGAAGGGUAAUCCUCAUCCAAGGAGCUAUUACAAAUGCACAAGUGCAGGGUGCAACGUGCGAAAGCACAUCGAGAGAGCUUCAAUGGAUCCGAAAGCAGUGAUAACAACUUACGAGGGAAAACAUAAUCAUGAUGUGCCUGCUUCCAAAAAGAGCAGCCAUAACACUUCAAAGCCGCAUAAAGCGGUGCCUGAGAAGCAUCCGGAUAUGGAUUUCGGAAACAGCAACCAAAGACCGAUACAUUUAAGCUUGAAAGAAGAGCAAAUCAUAGUAUGAAUGAAACUAUGAAGUUAGUUAUAGAAUUCACCUGGUAGAGAAGGACAUUGUGUAGAGGGUGAUCAAGAAGGCAAUAUGUAAAUUAUUAAUUUCUGUAUGUUGAUACUAGUUGUUCUUAAGUAUGAUUCUAAAACUAAAUCUAAUUAUCUAAUCCAGU